CCGGCCAUAUCCCAGGAGAAAUGGUCUCUCACUCUCCUCAUCGCCCGUCGUCCAUUUAUUCGGCAUGGUUGGUAGCUAGCUCUCGUCUCACCCGGCCGGCCCUUUACAAAUACUCCUCCGCCUCUUCCCAAGUCCCCCCGCCAGAAGCUAUACCUCUCGACUGCUGCUACUCCAUUGCAGUCGAUCCGGCCGGCCUCCAUCCAGCGCCUGCGGAUUUAGCUUGCUCCCUUUGCUUCGUCAACGGACCGAUCGAUCGCGGCCGGGGCGGCGCUAGCUGGCCAUCAUCAUCAGUUGAGGAUCGGAGGCGUGCGUCAACGGAUCCGAUCCGCCAUAUCAUCAUCAGUUGAAGGUAGAGAGAUAUAGAUAGAUCAUGGCGAGGUCGUCGUCGGCGAAGAAGAAGAAGCAGCAGCAGCAGCUGUCGGCGUGGCGGUUCCUGUUCGGCGGGUGCCUGAUGGGCGGCGCCGGCGCGGCCGGGAGCGGGGACAACAAGGUCCGGCCCGGCCCGCGGACGGCGGCGAAGCAGCAGCAGUCCCCGGCGGCGGGGCUGCAGCAGCGGCUGUCGGUGACGGACGUGAUGAGCACGUGCUCGGACCAGGACCUCUCGGUGUCGCUGGUGGGGUCGAACCUGCACGUGUUCACGGUGGGGGAGCUGAAGGCGGCGACGCAGGGGUUCGUGGACACCAACUUCCUGGGCGAGGGCGGGUUCGGCCCCGUGUACAAGGGCGCCGUGGCGGAGGGCGCCAAGCCGGGGCUCCCCGCGCAGCGGAUCGCCGUCAAGCUCUGGGACCCCGAGGGCACGCAGGGGCACAAGGAGUGGCUGUCGGAGGUGAUCUUCCUCGGACAGCUCCGGCACCCGAACCUGGUGAAGCUGGUGGGCUACUGCAGCGAGGAGGAGCACCGCCUGCUGGUCUACGAGUACAUGCCCAAGGGCAGCCUCGAGAACCACCUCUUCAAGAAGUUCCCGCCCGUUCUGUCGUGGUCAACGCGGCUGAACAUCGCGGUGGGCGCCGCCAAGGGCCUCGCCUUCCUUCACGACGCCGAGAAGCCCGUCAUCUACCGCGACUUCAAGACAUCCAACAUCCUGCUCAACCCGGAGUACGAGGCGAAGCUGUCGGACUUCGGGCUCGCCAAGGACGGGCCGGAGGGGGACGACACCCACGUGUCGACCCGCGUGAUGGGCACCCACGGGUACGCGGCGCCCGAGUACAUCCUGACGGGCCACCUCACCGCCAAGAGCGACGUCUACAGCUUCGGCGUGGUGCUGCUGGAGAUCCUGUCGGGCCGGCGAGCGGUGGACAAGGCCCGGCCCAGCCGGGAGCAGCACCUGGUGGAGCACAUGCGCGCGUGGCUCAAGGACCCGCAGAAGCUGGGCCGCGUCAUGGACCCGGCCCUGGAGGGCGCCUACCCCGCCGCCGCGGCCCACAGGGCGGCGCUCGUGGCGUACCGCUGCCUCAGCGGGAGCCCCAAGAGCCGCCCGGACAUGUGCAGGGUCGUCGAGGACCUGGAGCCGCUCCUCGCCGUCACCGGCGACGGCGACGACGCGCCCGGCGGCGAGCCGGAGGAGGAGGAGGCGGCCACGGCGAGGAAGGAGAGGGCGAGGAGAAGGGACGGCGAGCGGAGGGAGAGGCAGGACAGGGUGGUGGCCACCAGGUCCCCGAACCCGAAGAGGCCGGGCGGCGUCCCCACCAGGAGGCCACCGGGGCAGAGCCAGGAGUUCUGGGAGUGGCACAUGCCCGCGCAACCCAAACCGUAGCGAGCGACCGAUUCUUUUUUUUUUUCCUUUCUUAUUAACGGUGAUGUGUGGGCAUGCACGGUUAUUGCUGCUGCUGGUUCGUGUCGUGUGUAAAAACGAGAUGUAAAUUUAGGUGGUAAAUAGAUUCAUGUCGGCGUCGAUGGAGUACGCGUAACGUAGUAGUGAUUUUGUUGA